UUAAUUAAAAGAUUUGAAUUGUUAAUAGAUUUAAUAGAUAGCAAAACAUCUGUAGGUUCAGUUUUUCCUCAUGUAGAUUAAUAGAGGACAGUAAUAGAAAUAUAUAUAGGAAAUAUACACUGCCAAUCUAGUCUACAUACUUAUAUGGCAGGCAGCUACAGGAGAGCAUAGUCAAAACACGUGACACAGGCAGCAUUUCUAAAAGCAUGUCAGAAAAUCUACUGCGAGUCAUGAAAAGGUUUAUUUCCCUGGGAUUGUGACUGAAGAACUCAAGUGCAACACACACACUGGUCCCUACAGCCACUUCCUCUCCACCAAUGUGCUGGAAUAAGCACUCAUUGACUGUGUGCGACAGCCUCUCUGUUCCCCCGAGCAUGCAAUCUGCAAAUAUAGAACAGCAACGCCUUCACAACUGCACUUCAUAAACUUGAAGCUUGAGGUACUCAAUAACAAUGCUCUUUAUUUUAGACGACAAUUUUAACAAGGUUUUAGCAGAGUUGGCACUAUGGAAUUUCUAGAACAGGAAAGCAUCUUAAAUGUUUAUUGCAGCCACUGUACAGUAUUUCUGUUGCUACACAAAGAAUUAUUUUAGGCCAGCAAUUUCUCUUUCAACCACAAGGGGGCAGCAGACUCUGUAAACAAUACCUGUUUUUUAAAGCAGCCACUAUAUAUUUAAUUAUAGAACCAUUGCAUGUAACUCAGAUAGCAUGAUGGCGCCAUGCUAGUAAAAAUCACAUUGAGAGCUAAAAUAUUUAUUAGGAUUUUAGACCAGGAGCUUUAGCACUCAGGAAUAAAGUUACAGCCCACUUAACCUCAGACCUGCAGUAUAUCUAAUUACCACCAGGUGGAGCCAAACUACAAAUCGGAUGAGAAUUGCCUAUGAAUAGGAAAAAAGAACUGAACCACAUUCUAUUAAAGAACAUUGGUGAGCAGAGAUUCUAUUUAACCACAGUCAUCUUCACAAGCAGCCAUGGGGAAGAGGAAGCUGUGGGUAACUUACUGGCUCUGGGCAGUAGGGGGCCCCGUGGGGCUCCACCACGUCUACCUGGGGAGGGACAGCCACGCCCUGCUGUGGAUGCUCACGUUUGGGGGCUUUGGCCUGGGUUGGCUACGUGAAUUCUACCGCUUACCUGCCUACGUGGAAUCGGCCAAUCACAACCCGACCACCGCACGAGCAGCCAAUGGAAGGCCUGUCAGAGCUGGGGCCGCACCCCCUCCGAUAAGCCUGGCCCGUUUUGCUGGGCAGGUGUGCAUUGGAAUCUAUUUCGGGAUGGCUGCCCUGAUUGGUCUGUCCUCCAUCAGUGCGUUCUACCUGCUAGUGCUGCCACUGGCCAUUGGCACGGGCGUCCAUCUGGUGUCUUCUGUGGGCGAGCAGACCUCUGACCUCCGCAAGACCCUGACCGCUUGCCUGGUGACCUCGCCUGUGUUCUACGGCCACGCUCUGGGCACCGUGCCAGUCAGCAUUGCGGCCAGUGUGACCGCAGCUCAGAACCGCAGGUACAAGCCUGGGAUGGAACGAGAGGAACCACUGGGUGCCAGGCUGUACCGUCUCGGACUGGCAUGGCUGGCGUUCUCGGCACCCCUGGGGUACUCCGUGUUCUACAACACCACUGCCACCCUCUCCUACGCCGCGGACAGUGUCGCCGCCCUGCUGGACUGGCUGUGGUUCUUCCCCUCCCUGCGCUCCCUGCUGGAGUCCUGCCUCCUGCUGCCCUACAGAGCCUUCUCCCUGCUCACAGGGGGCGGAGGAGAGGGGCCCGGGCAGUGGGAGAGGGUGCUGGAGAGGUUUAUCAGCGAGCACAGCCAGAGGAGACUGGCAGCACUGCAGGUGCUGGCAGUGAGUAGCGAGGCCCCUUUCGAGGAGAUCACUCAGAGGUACCGGGAGCUGGUGAAGACCUGGCACCCCGACCACAACCCACACCGAGCCGGGGAGGCCAGCAGCAGAUUCCUGGAGAUCCAGGAGGCUUACGAGACCCUGCUGAGACUGCACAGACCACAGCGCGGGUCGUGACCAAAUCACACACACUGACCACAGCGCGGGCCAUGACCAAAUCACACACACACAGACCACAGUGUGGGACGUGACCAAAUCACACACACACACACACACUGACCACAGCACGGGCCAUGACCAAAUCACACACACACACACACACACACAUACACACACCGAGACACACUGAUACACACACACACACACCACACACACUGAGACACACACACACACACACACUGAGACCAGAGGCGUAGCCAGGGUUUUCAUUUUUUUUCUCCUAAGUGGGACACACACACACUCUCUCGCACUGACAGAAACACACCACACUGUGACAUUGCACAAGCAUGUCUCCUCAAGCUCAACAGCUCAAUAAAUUGUACUUGAACUUCUACACUAUUCAUUGGUAUCUAGUGCCAUCUUGUGGUGUUCAAAUAUAUUGCAUGUAUGAAACCCCAAAAAGAAGCCUACAAUUGACUAUUGUUUAUAUAAGGAAACCUCUUGGUUUUAACAGUGAAGCCAGUCAUUUACAAAAUGCAAUAUGUGUUUAAUAUAACUGGAUUGAACAUACAUGCUAUAAUUAUAAAUACUGGACUUGUGCCUUCUUUGGAACCUGAAACAUGUUGCAAGUGUCGCCCUCUAUUGGUCGUAUUUGGAUAUUGAAACAAAUCCACAGUUGUAAAAGGAUUUUAGGGAAGUUUACUUACUUUGAAGUUAAAGAUGAACUUCUUUAUAAAUUACUUAUUUUAAAAUAAAAAUACAUUUUUUUCCUGUGUGUCAAA